GCUUUCGUCAAGAGCCUGAAUUUGGGGUCUUCUUCUUCUUCUCGAUGGAGAGGGUUAGGACCCCACAUGCAAUAUAUGUUGCCUCCAAAAUAAUAAGAAUAUUCGCAAUUACCUUUCCCAACUGGGUUUGAUGAAACUUCGUCAAUCCCUUUUGGGUUAAGACAAAAAUAUUUUAAAAAAAUUUAUAUAAAAUUUUCUUGAAAUUUGACUUUGAAUUGGCGUACAAUCAAGAACUAUUCUCCUAUAUUUGCUGUUCUUGUUUUUUAUUUACUUUUAUCUCUCUUUCUUCUGGGAUUUUUCUAUACACGUGAAUGGUUUUAAGUUUUCUUCUUCCCAUUUUUCUCCGGAAUAUUUCUUUUUCUCUGGCAGAUUCUGCUCUGAAUUGAAAGAGCCAAAAAAAAGAAAAAAAUUUUCAAUAAAGUGUGUGUCUUUCUUUAUUUCCUUCAAUCCUUGAAUAGAUUAUUCAUUUACCACAAAAGAAAGGCAUAGAGAAAUAAAGAGAGGUUGGGAAGGAGAAAAUUUAUUUAUCUUUUUUCUUCUGAUGACACUGCAAAAGUGUUGCUUUUGAGCGAGUCGGGAUCUUAUCUGAUCUGGGUUUGCUCUGCCUCCAUCGUUCCCGCAGUUCUUGAUUUGGUGAGCAGAGACUUGCGGUGCUAUAAUGCCUGUUAAAAACUUAAUUGACCAUGAGCAGAUGACUUUAUGCAUUAUGGGCUGGCUUAGCAAGUUUUUUAAAGGCUCAGGCCACAAAAUUUCUGAAGAGCGUUGCCGUGAGAAGUAUGGAGAAGAUGCGACUGGUUAUUCACCUUCUUGUUCAGGGGAAAUGUGGUCAGAAAAUGAGAAUGAAGACAUAGACCGUGCCAUUGCACUGUCUCUCUUAGAAGAAAAUCAAAAAGGCAAGAGUGCAAUUGAUAAUAGUUUUCAAUUGGAAGAAGAUGAACAACUUGCCAGAGCUAUACAAGAAAGCCUAAAUGUGGAGUCUCCUCCCCGAUAUGGAAAUGAAAAUGCAUAUCAACCCUCCAUCCCUGUUUAUUUCCCAAUGGGAUAUAGGGUUUGUGCCGGUUGUAAUACUGAGAUUGGUUAUGGAAGGUAUCUAAAUUGCUUGAAUGCAGUUUGGCAUCCAGAUUGUUUCCGCUGUCGUGCUUGCAACCUACCAAUUAUUGAUUAUGAGUUUUCUACAUCUGGGAAUUACCCUUAUCAUAAAUCUUGUUAUAAGGAGAGCUACCAUCCAAAAUGUGAUGUUUGCAAGCACUUUAUUCCAACAAAUCCUGCUGGUCUUAUUGAAUAUAGGGCACAUCCAUUUUGGAUCCAAAAAUACUGCCCUUCCCAUGAACAUGAUAAUACUCCUCGAUGCUGCAGCUGUGAGAGAAUGGAGCCACGGGACAUACGGUACGUCACCCUUAAUGAUGGUCGAAGACUCUGCCUAGAAUGUCUUGACUCUGCAAUAAUGGGGACCAAUGAAUGCCAACCCCUUUAUCUUGAUAUACAAGAAUUUUAUGAAAGUUUGAACAUGAAGCUGGAGCAGCAAGUUCCAUUACUCUUGGUUGAAAGACAAGCACUAAAUGAAGCAAGAGAGGGUGAAAGAAAUGGCCAUUAUCACAUGCCUGAAACCAGAGGACUCUGCCUUUCUGAGGAACAAACCGUUAGCACAAUUUUGAGGCGGCCAAAGUAUGGGAUGGGAAACCGAAACAUGGACAUGAUAACAGAACCCUAUAAAUUAACCCGACGCUGUGAGGUGACUGCAAUUCUAAUCUUGUAUGGUCUUCCAAGGUUGCUGACAGGGUCGAUCCUAGCACACGAGAUGAUGCAUGCAUGGCUGAGGCUUAAAGGUUUUCGAACUCUCAGUCAAGAUGUUGAAGAAGGGAUCUGUCAGGUUGUGGCUCAUAUGUGGUUGGAUGCAGAGCUUAUGUCUGGUUCCGGCAGCAAUGUAGCAUCAACCUCGUCUUCAUCAUCGUCCUUCUCUUCCUCCUCCUCGUCGUCGACCACAUUAAAGAAGGGAACAAGAUCUCAAUUCGAGAGGAAGCUUGGGGAGUUCUUUAAGCACCAGAUUGAAUCGGACAUUUCUCCUGUGUAUGGAGAUGGAUUCAGAGCUGGCCAACAAGCAGUGCUUAAAUAUGGUCUUAGAAGGACCCUCGACCACAUUCGGAUGACGGGGACCUUUCCUUAUUGAAGUCCUGAUUCUUGAAUUCAUUUUUUAGUGCAUUUUUUUUCUUUUUUUUUUCUUUUCUUUUCACAGGAUUAAAGUUUUGGCCUUAUGAUUAUUAGACCCCAAGGCCAAAGCGCAUAGGGAAACUGACUCUGAAGUAGCUUUCACUUGCAGCAAGUGUUGAUUUGUACGGUUUUGGUCGUAGCGGCCAUAUAACACGAGAUUUAGUGAUUUAUGUUCAAAAGAUUAGCAAAU